UUGAUUAUAUUAACCCUCGUAAUGGGUUUACCAAUUGCAUUUGAGAUUAUCCGUACUAUCCACAGGAAACAAAGCCUUAUGUCUACCGGAGCAUCCAGUCAUCAUUUGAAAGUGCUGAAGAUCCUAACGAUCCAGAUCGUUUGUACCGCUUCACUAGGUGUCUGUGUUCCUUUCGCAUUAAUCUUUUCGCUUUUUUCCCCUGUAAAUUCAACCAUAAUUUAUGGUUGCUCGUUACUGAUGGGUGCUAACUCUCUGGCCUUGUCUCUUCUCACCAUCUGUUUGAACCCAGUUUCCCGGAAAACUGCUCUGACUCUGAUUGGCUGGUACAGACCUAAACGAAAGACUACUAUACGAGUAGAUGCAAAGGAUUCCACGUUCGUAAAGUAG